CACUUAGAUAUCGGCCAGCUGUUUGAAUAUUAAAAAUAAACAUAAUUGAUUUUCUACCCAAAAAUAUAUUGAAGUGUGCUGCAAAAAGUGGCCGCUCUCUUCGUUGUGCACAGGACAGGACUGAGACUGCCAGCGACGGUGACGUGACCGGCGACAGCGAUGGGUUCCGACGACCAGAGUGCCGCCGACAAGAUCCAUAAGGGAUUCCAGAUAAAUUACAUGAUAUUGCGUGACGCGGACAGCGGCAAGAUAAUAUGGCAAGAGAACAAGGACUUCUCGGCCCCGGACGUGGAGCACGAGGCGCGGGUGCCCGUCAAAAUACUGGACAUGCGGGCGGUGUCGCGUGAGAUCAACUUCAGCACCGUCGAGUCGAUGGAGAACUUUCGGCUUGACCAGAAGGUGCUGUUCAAGGGCCGCAUCAUGGAGGAGUGGUUCUUCGAGAUGGGCUUCGUCGGCGCCAGCACCACCAACACCUGGCAGUCGACGAUCGAGGCGGCCCCCGAGUCCCAAAUGAUGCCAGCCAAGGUCUUAAAUGGCAAUGUGACAAUUCAAACCAGUUUCUAUGACAACGAAACACUCAUCACAAAAUCGGUUGUGCGCCUCUACUACAUCUAAGUGAAUGUGAGUCAGAGUCGGCCCACACACUCGCACACGGCCAGGUGUUCACUCUGCACACUCGCCCACACACAAACAAACAAACAAACAUACAUAUAUAUAUAUACAUAAGUCUAUAUAUUUAUAGCCGAUCUUCUGCAAUUCUGCCCGAUGCUAAUGCACCACCAACGUCUCAAAAUGUUCUCCGCGAAACAGUUCGCUGCUCUUUGAAGUUUCUGCAUUUGAAUGCAUAUUGUUAGUGCGUUUGUAGUUCUAGAAUCUAGAUGAAUGCAUUUUAAUAUAAUUUUACACGACACAUACUAUAUUAAUU